GAGCUUACCAUGCGCAUCGCGCACCCUCGUAUAAUCUAGCAUUUCCCCCUUCUUCAACUGCGAAACGACCGCUGCUGCGUUUCCCAGUUAACUGAAGAGCCAUAAUUUUUUUGUUUGCCCUCUUAUCACUUCCUCAACAAUUACGCCAAAUCAGCUCAGCCUGACGUCAACGAAUGCUCUGCUCAAUCUCGACCGGAAAGUCCGGUUCGAACUGGCUGGACCGACUUCGUUCAAGCAAGGGCUUCCCCACCGGCGACAACCUUGACCUCGACCAUUUCCUCGCUAAACCUAACCCUUCCGAUUCUCCAAUCACCAAUGCCUCCAAUUCUCCAAAUUCCAACUCCGAGUCAACUCACUCAUUCGAUAAACAACUCCAGAAUCUGAAGCCACCACGUCCAGAGGUGAUCUCCAGCGAGUCCGCAGGAGACAAAGAAUGGUUCGGUAUAAUGAGCAAUAUGCUCUCGGAGCUCUUCAACAUGGGCGAACAAGCCCAAACCUCCAGAUUUUCCAGGAAAAAAACUUCCAGGAAACAAACAAACCCUAGAAUUUGCAUUAUCAAGACGCCAAACGUUAAUUCUUCCGAGAAACGGAAAGGCAGUUCGGAUAACGUGAGAAAAGACGAAAAUAUCCCCGCUUCAACAACGUCAUUGAAUUCAAGAAAAGAAGCGAAGAGAGAAUCGACAGAAGAGGGCGACGAUAACAACGUGGAAGAAGACGACGAAGCCGAAGAAGAAGAGAAAGAGAAAGGAGAAAAGGAACUGUUAGGGUACUCAAGAAGUGAAGUUACGGUAAUAGACACGAGCAGCGAGGUGUGGAAUGUUGAUAAGCUUAUCUUUAGGAGGAAAAAUAUCUGGAAAGUUAAGGACAAGAAAGGCAAGUCACGCACCUUUGGUAGAAAGAAGAGGAAAGCACCUCCCACUCCUCCAUCAGACGACAACAAUGUUGGUGUUUGCAAUAAGAAGCGAAAGAUUUCGAGUUCGGAGCUUCGGUCGUUGAAGGAAACGAGUGGAAGAAAAUGUGGGUCGCCCACAAAUAAUGAGCAGAAUGCUCCAGGAGACAAAGGGGAAGAAGUUCGCCAUGAGGUACCAAAUGACCUUACCCAAGUUCUUAGAAAGAGAUUGCCUCGGAAAUCGGGGGUGGCGCAUCUGUUAUCUUUAUAAAACCCAUUCCAUCAGGCAAGAAAAAUGGAGCAAAGCUUGCAAAGAAUUGCCUGAAGGACCCUCAAAGGCAAUAUAAGGCUUGAUAAAUCCAUCAAACCAACCAUGGCCAGACUACAUGCCAAUUCUGCAUUUUGAACCUGCAAUUGGUUCUAUUUUAAUUAUACCUUCGCUAUAGAUAGGUGGAAUUGGAAGGCCUAUAUCUGAGGUUGAGGCUAAAGUUGCUCUAAACUUCAAGCCUGUCAGUAUGGCUCUGAUUUCUUGCAGCCAACAGGUGUGAAUGUGUUUAUUAAUUUUGUUCCAUUUCAUCGACCCAUCCAUAACAUUUAUUUUUAUUUGA